UUCCCUUCAGGCCCUCCACCCCAUUUCUCUCCCUUUCAUGUCCCAUUCAGACUGUACCUACCUUUUCCUUUUUUGUUCUUAAAAAGCUACAUCCAUUGUUGUCAAGCUUCCUUUCAUUUUAGAAGGCUCCUUCUAUCUCCUGGCUCUCAGCCCCAGGUAAACUGCAUCUCUCACCAUUUUUUCCAGCAUUGGUUAUACCUUCCUUGUCUCAUUUUCCCCCCACCACUCCACUGGUUGUGGGUGUCUGGGUGGGGGCAGCAUUAGAAGCAAUUUAUGUUCUCCUGCCUCCCUACAGCUACUUUCUGAGCCUCUCUACUUCAGUUAGUGACCUUCUAAGCUUUUAGAAGCCACAUAGGUGCCCAGCUCAUUCUUUCUUCUCAAGCAGUUGAGUAUUAGCUCUCAGUAUUCGCCAAUCCCUUUCCUUACACUAAGGAAUUGGAACACACAUGCUGAUGUUCCUUGGCCUCGCAGUUUCCCAUUCUCAACUCUAAUGACUUUGCCUGCAAGGACAAUUCACUUUUGAUCUACUAUUACCUAAAAAGUGUUCCUUUGAGAACACUUUCUCAAUAUGAGAAGAAUUCUGAAAUUCCUUUCUCCUACCAUAACCUAUCAUUCUAUCUUUCCCUAUGCCUUACUCUAUCCUCUUCUAUUUUUUUGUUCUUUCUGUGACAUCCAACCCUUCUUUCCCUCAGACCGAGCUAUCAUCCCUGUUCUAGAUUCACUUUCCUACAUUCCUAAUCUUACUCUUUAGUUAACCAGUUGAAUGUUACAGUGUGCUCUAUUCGUGAAUCCCUUACUGCUCUGCCUAGAUGACUCCCAUUAUCUCACUCUACCCCUUCUCAAGUGCUAAUCAGUAGUGCUGGGAAUUCAUGCUAUAUAUUGCUAACUGGAUCCUGUUGUAAGGGAUUUUAGCAGGGGCAAGCUGAAAGCAGGAGAUCCUACAGGCCAACAUUCUAGAACUCUCAGGAGGAGAGAGAGUUUCACUGACAGUUUGGCUCUCUCUGGAGAAAGAGUCUUGAAGCUGCCAGAAGACUGGACCUUCCUUCAAUCAAAAUCAUCUUAAGGACAUGGUAGAGAUAGUGGACAACAUUACACCAGUGGAUGCCAACUACACCACCAAAUCAAGGAAGACCAGAUUCUCCUGUCUAUGCUAAUCUACAAGAACUGAAAAUAUCCCAGUCUGCACUCCCCCCUCUUCCUGGCAGUCCUGCUAUUCAGAUUAAUGGAGAAUGGGAAACUCAUAAAGAUAGUACAGGACGUUGUUAUUACUACAACAGAGGAACACAGGAAAGAACCUGGAAACCACCUCGAUGGACUCGAGAUGCCAACAUAAACAAAGGAGAUUGCCAGAAUUCAGGAGAUCAAGAGCUUCUUUCAUCGGAAGAAAACUACUACAGUUCUUGUUACAACCAGUCAGAUAGUCAGUGUGGUUCUCCUCCAAAGGGCUGGUCAGAAGAGUUGGAUGAACGUGGGCAUACCUUAUAUACCAGUGACUAUACUAAUGAAAAGUGGUUGAAGCAUUUUGAUGAUCAAGGGAGACAAUAUUAUUACAGUGCAGAUGGAUCUCGAUCAGAAUGGGAAUUACCAAAGUAUAAUGCUUCCCAGCAGCAGCAAAGAGAAAUAAUUAAAAGUAGGAGCCUGGACAGGAGGCUACAGGAACCCAUAGUGUUAACAAAGUGGAGGCACAGCACGAUUGUAUUAGACACCAAUGACAAGGAAUCUCCACCUUCCACAAAGCCCUGCUUUCCAGAAAAUGAGUCUUCUCCCUCUUCACCAAAGCACCAAGCCACAGGUCAAGAAAAAUACGGAUUGUUAAAUGUAACAAAAAUUACAGAAAAUGGGAAAAAGGUUAGAAAGAACUGGUUAUCUUCCUGGGCAGUAUUACAAGGUUCAUCUUUACUAUUUACCAAAACCCAAGGAAGUAGCACAAGUUGGUCAUUCUGCCCUCGGGGCUCAAUUCCGGAGCUCCUGCUCUCCCUGCUUUCUUCUUGGAAAGAUUCUGUGACCCGCCGGCCUGCUGUCACCUCUGUAAACUCUGACCACCCUGUUUCAGCUGUCACUUUUGGGGGUAAUCAGUCUAAGCCUGAGUUCACUGUGGACCUCAAAGGGGCAACGAUUGAGUUGGCUUCAAAAGAUAAAUCCAGCAAAAAGAAUGUAUAUGAGCUAAAAACACGCCAAGGAACUGAGCUGUUAAUUCAGUGUGACAAUGACACUCUUAUGAAUGAUUGGAUCAAAGUUCUUCAUUGUACCAUCAGUAAUCAGGCCAAUGAAUGUGAUGAAGCAGUUGAAGAAGAGGUACCAGAUUCCCCAGGAGUGGAAAAACAUGACAAAGAAAAGGAUCAUAAGGACUCUAAGAAACUACGUUCAAUGAAAGUUUUGAGCAUAGAUUCUUCAGAGCAGAAGAAGACAAAAAAAAAUCUGAAGAAGUUUCUUACUAGACGACCUACUUUGCAAGCUGUACGUGAAAAGGGUUAUAUUAAAGAUCAAGUGUUUGGAUCCAAUCUUGCAAAUCUGUGUCAGAAAGAGAACAGUACAGUGCCAAAGUUUGUGAAGUUAUGCAUUGAACAUGUUGAGGAACAUGGUUUGGAUAUUGAUGGGAUAUAUAGAGUAAGUGGCAAUCUUGCAGUGAUACAGAAACUAAGAUUCACAGUUAAUCAUGAUGAGAAAUUAGAUUUGAAUGAUAGUAAAUGGGAAGAUAUUCAUGUCAUCACUGGAGCACUCAAAAUGUUUUUUAGAGAACUACCAGAGCCUCUCUUUACAUUUAAUCAUUUUAAUGACUUUGUUAAUGCAAUUAAACAAGAACCAAGACAGCGAGUUGGUGCUGUCAGAGAUUUAAUUAAACAGUUGCCAAAGCCAAAUCAAGACACCAUGCAGGUUCUUUUCAGACACCUAAAAAGAGUUGUAGAAAAUGGAGAAAAAAAUCGAAUGACUUAUCAGAGUGUAGCAAUUGUUUUUGGUCCCACUCUGUUAAAACCAGAGAAAGAGACUGGUAACAUUGCAGUUCAUACUGUAUACCAAAAUCAGAUUGUGGAAUUAAUUCUUCUGGAACUGAACUCCAUCUUCGGGCGCUGAGUCUUAUUGGAGACAGAACCAGGGAGGAGUCAGAUUCCAUCAGAUUGCAAAUCUUUGUACAUGAUGUCUUCUGUUUGUGGACCAAGCCAACAGCUCAAUGUUUUUGCACUUUUUUUUUUUGGAGGCGGGAAAGAAGGACGGCUGGGAGAAGGGUCAAGGUGUGUCUAGGCCUUCAUGUUUGUUGCUGUUAUUGCAAGUUGACAUUUUAAAUUAUUUGAUUUUAUUUCACUGAAUAUUUUUGAGUUUUACACUAUAAACAUUUGUCAAAAUUAAAAUUCGCAAUUCUAGCAUAGAAUACAUAAUACAUACACUGGAUUUCUUGGAUAGAAAACCAAGAUUAAGGUUGUUCUCAGACUGAAGAUCUGGAAUUGUUUUUCUUCAUUUUUAGGCUCAUCACUUAAUAGGAUAAUACCCACUAUUGGUUACUUUGAGAACUCUUUCAGGGCAUUUUGAGCAAAAUGAAAUGUAUCAUUUUUUGAAACCUAUGUAUUCCCUUUUCAGGAUUUUUGCAUGCAGUGACCUGCUGUCAGUCUGAUACUAUUGCUAACAGUGGUCAGUGUAGUUUACAGUUCCCCAGAUAUAAUCCUUUGAUUAAAAGCUUGCUGUCUUUUACUCUGCUGCACAGCAUCCAAACUGGAUGUCUUAGCUGCUUGACAGAGCAGCAUGCUAAUAGUACUUCAGACACUGAACUCAUAAGUAUAUCCAUCAAAGGGUAUUUUCUGGGACAUACUGGAGUUUUUCUCUAACAGAAGUCAGUUGUUCAAGGUAUUUCUUGUCCUACCUUGUAUACCAUUCCGAAUUAUAGCUAAUAAUCCUAAUUAAAUGCUGACUUUAUCUGCUGCCAUACUGAGUUCUUGAUAUGACCCUGUGGUAGUGAACUUAUUUGACUGUAAAUAUAGGCUAAAGACCUAAUGACCUUCAACUUAUGUAUAUAAUUGUGUUGUAUAGUCUCAGAGUAUAUUCUAGUCAUACAUUUCUAAUCAUGGUUAUAUUAGCUAUAGGUAAUCCUUCCAGUGAAUAUUAGGUUUCCUCCAAGAAACAGGCUAUUACUUGGGAACGCUAACUGUGUGCACUUUUAGAUUAUAAUUACAUUUGCAGGCAAAUCACUGUAAUGCAAAUGGUACUGGAAAAAUACUGAAUAGACUUGCUAAAUGGUUAAUGCACUACAUGAGGAGCCUUUUAGGUUAUUUAAUAUGUACAGAAUACAUUGGGAAAAUGUAUUACAGAAUUCUAACUCUACAGUAUAGUAGUGAAAACCCAUGUGUAAAUUGACUGGUUGUUGAAUGGAAAAUGAGAUUGCUAACUUCAAGAAUUUCUUUUCAUUACUAAUGUAGAUUGAUUUGUAUAUUGAAACAGGUUUGGAAGAUUUUGUGACAGGGAGCAUGGUCUGCUGAAGAUUUUUUUUAAAAAAUGUAUUUUUCUAGACUAACUGGUAUAUAUGAGAUGUCUAAUCUGAAUAAAGAAAACUAUAAGGUAUUUAGAGAUUUUUUUUCCCAUCACAGAUUUGCAUGGAUUUUAUUUGUUGAACUUUCAAGUAUGUUUUAUACCUCAAUUUUCUGUUUUUAUAUCAGUUUAAACUGAUAUUUCCUGUGGCAAAUAUCACUGUUUCCCCCAUCUCAUACCCUGCCCAUUUUUAAUGUCCUAAUAUUUUGAACCAUUCUGAUUUACAAAUAGAAAUGUUGUGUUAAUUUGUAUGAUGGUUUCUGUGGAGAAAAAUAAUUUUUGGUAUAAUCUUUUUAAAAACCUUCCACCUGAGUUAAAUGGUGAAAAUAGUGUUUGCCAUUUUGAGCUUGUGGAAUUGGUUACAUAAGCCAAAUUAUUUCCUAGCUAUCGGAUAACUGAUUGUUCAAAGGAAGAGGAAAAUAAGACAAAUCACAGCCUUCUUACUUGCAAAAAUUGUAUUUAAUGGCACAACAUGCUUUAGGACUCCUUAGCAGUUUCAAACAAUGUGAGACUUAAAGUAAUUUUUUUCUCUCUGUAGCCAUAGAAAUACUAUGGAGAGAUCAAAAGGUACAAUUGUCCUGUGAUUCUUGUUUGUGUAUGUAUGUUUUGUCUUGGUGUUCAUUGUUCAACAGCUAAUCUGUUUUAUUGUAAUAUUGUAUGUACAAUGAAUGUCUUCUCUGUUUAAUCCUUUGUGAAUUAAAAAUUGCCAGUGUCACUUUCAUUGGUAAACCACCAAACUAGUAAUAUGUGUUCUGACCAAGAGGGUUUCAUUUUAUAGUAGAAAAUAGACUAAAAGCUGAAAUCUGUCAUCAGUAGAAUUUCAAUUUACAGUCCGUUCCUUAAAAUGUCAACAGAAAUCCAAAAUCAGUCUCGCCUACAUUUUUUAAAAGUAUAAAAAAAAAGACAGGAAAAGAAAGAUGAUUUUAAGAUAUUACAAGGAAAGAAAAUGUCUUUUAUCUAAAGUAUUACAUUUAUCAAGAGGAUUUAAUCAUUUUUACCAGAUAGUAUUAAUCAUUUUUUAGUGAUGUAAUACUUCAGGUCUACACAAGUCCUUUGAUAAUGUUUCUUAAGAGAGCAAAAAUGGAAUAUUUUAAAGAUAAUCUGUACAUAAGCCUACAUUGAUAUAGCUAAGUACAAGUUUUGUAAUGUUCGCUCUUGUGGACAUUUUUCUGUUUUAGUCUCUUAAAAAUAAAUAUUCUUCUGAAAUUACAAUUGGAAUUUAAAAAAUUUGGCUAGUAAUUAACUUUUAAAAUAAGCACUUUCUUGCCAAUGAUUACUAAUUCUGCAGAUCCCUGCAGGCUUUAGUUUGAGGUUGUGUUGUUUUUUUUAAGAGACUAAGUUGUUUCAGAAGUAUAGCUCCAAAUUGUCCAAAUUCAAGUACAGUUUCUAUGGAGAACUGGAAAAGAGAAGAAAAUUAAUUUUCUGAAUAUAAUAGUCUCCUGAACUUUAGUCCCCCAAUUCUACUAUAAUAAAAUUUGUUUUUAUAAAAACUCUUUUUAACUAUUAAGUGUAGUUUUUCAUAGGGGUGGCUUGUAUGUAAAUUUGCCCAUAUUUUAGUUUAGGGUGGAGAUGGGGAAAUCGCCCCACACACACACACACAUUCUAUCCUAACAUAAUUAAUUCAGUUCUUUUACAUGAAACUUUACUUGAGGAUCAAAAAGAAAACUACCACCCCCAAAACUAACAGCAGCCUAUUGGGACAAGCCAUAAACUCCAGCCAAGCAGAGUCAGACACUGGGCUCUGGAGAAGGGGGAGGUGCAGAAUGCCUAAUGAGGCAUUGUGUGACUAGCAGAGCCUGAGGAGUUCUCCUGAAGAAUCUCAAUUAGCCUUCACAACUGCAGUUUUGUGGGCCAGCCAUGGCUGUGGCUAUAUUUGGCCAGAUUGAGCCAUUACAAAUUAGCUGCAUGUGAGUAUGAAGUUUUAAGUGAACUUGUUCACUAAGGAGGGAAAAAAAGGCAGCAUUUUCCUGGUGCUCUCAUCAACAAAGUACUUGUAGAACAAGAUCACUGUUCAGUAAAUCACUCCAACAGUCAUUUAGGGUAAGUCAGGUCCCUCCUGCACCACUUCUUCCUUCCCUGUGCUUUAUUUCUCUUCCUCUUACAGUCAAUUCUUAAGAAGCAGCUCUUGGUGGGAAAUAUUUUAACUGAUUUAUGUUCAUGACCAAAGCUUUUUGGCAAUUCUGACAACUUCGGUAUAGCAGGAAUUGAUUUGUUGGUCCUAAACCCUAUGGCUGUAAGUUCUUUGAGUGAAAUCAAUAGCAGCUUAUGUUUUGGUAUUGGAGAUAAACAGGGUUUUUAGAGAGGUAGACCUGGGUAGACCUAAACCCUGGGAUCAGUAGUAUGGCUGUCUUGCUGCCAUUUGUGAGCUCAUUGUCCUCUUUCUAGGGAUCUGGAUUCAGUCUCAGAGUUAUCCUCGGUUCCCCUUCCCCAUAUACACACUUACCUUUUAGAACCCUUCUCUCUGUUCACAGGGCCUCUUGCCUGGACUAUUCAAAGUCUUCUAAUUGGUUUCUCUUCAAUCUGCCUACACAGUUUUCAAAAUGACAUACCCACGUCAGUCUACACCAGGCUCCUACUCAAUAAACUCCAGAAGUUCCCUAUUACCUCCAGAAUCAAGUAUAAACUCCUGAAAUUUAAAGUCCUGCAAAGCCUGCCUCUAACCUCCCUGUAUAAACAUAUCCAUUCCUCCCCUUCAUAAACUCUGCAAUCUAUCCAAACUAGCCCUGCUAUUCCUCAUAGAGCAUUCCAUCUCUCACUUCCCACUCCUUUUCCCAGUCCCAUAAUGCACUCCCUCCUCAUUUCCAUUUACAAUGGCCAGUUUCUUUCAAACUGCACAUAGCACUUUCUAGGUAAGGCUUUUCUAUGCCACCCGAAUUACAUUGUAUUGCUUUUGGUAUAUAUCUGGAUACGAUUAUAUUCUCUCUCCCUACAGAAUAUAAACUCUUUAAGGGUAGAGAUUUUAGGAUUUUUUUUUGCUUUGUUCCUGGUAAAUGAAUGAUGAAGACUAAUAACUAUUUAAACCCUUUCUUUACCCUCCCCUCUUUGGUAUUCUAGAAGUAAUAUGGGUGGUAUUGAGAAAAGGAAGGGGAAGCAUAGUAUAAUCAAAUGAAACUAAGGAAAUUAUAGAGCAUUAAAGCUAGAAGAGACCUUAAAGAGAAUAACUUUCUCUCCUUAGAGAUAAAAAAACAAAGUCUUAAGAGGAAAUAAGUUGCUCAAAGACAUACACUUAGGUAGUUGUAGUAACCGAGUUGUUAAUAGAGAAAGGAGGGAAUGUUGAGGGAAGAAGUCUAGCUUUAUUGCUACUACUGCUACCACUGCUGCUGCUGUUGUUACUACUACUACUACUACUAAUUGCACUUAUUUAGCACCUACUGUAAGCUAAAGUGUCUUCACACUACUGCAUUCAUUCUACUUUAAAAUUUUUAUAAACCCUAAACAAAAGUUGGCUUAACUAAUUAACCCAUAACUAGUUGGAUUAAUUAAGAUUAAAUCACUUGACUUGUUUUCCUAACUAUUAUGGUAAUAUAUCUAAGACUAGAAUUUAUUUUGAUAACAUUAGAACAUUUCUCAUGUUUCCUCCAAAAUACAUUAUAGAUACUAUUACAAAUGUGUCAAAGAAGAUUCUUUUGGUAUCUGUCAAUGACCGUAGUUUUUAACUAAGCAGUUUUUAACAGAGAAGCAAAUUGAUUCCCUAUUAAUCCAACAGGACUUAAAGGACCUUUUUUAUCUUUUUAAUCUUUUUAAUCCCAGCUGAUUUCCUUGGCCAGCCAUCUUGUGGAUCAGACCCUUGAUGUGUAAGUUAGGUAUGAGACUUCACCCAUUACCUGGUGGGUGGUGAGGGCCAAACUCGCAUGAAAUGCCAAUAAAAAUUUUUGAAAAAGAAAUGCAGUUAGAAUAUAUGAUCUCCAUAAAUUGUUAGAACUCUGUUAGCUCAUAGCUUCUUUAUUUCCCCCCUUUUAAAAUGACUGGUUUCUUAUAAAAUCUGUGAAAUUUUAAGUCAAAUGUUGAAUGACUUUUUUAGAAAAAUAAUUGAGAUGACAUUAAUAUCAGUACCUAGUGUUGUAAACUCUCACACAUUUCCUUGGAUCACUAGAUCCAUUUCCGGACCAUCUAGUGGUCACAGAUACCAAAGUUCAUUUAAGUAAGCAGCUGGUUGGUACUACAUUUUGAUCUUAAAAGGCUGAGAAGUGAUGGUGGUGGUUUGGAAUUAAGACUAAGAAGACUUGAAAGAUGACAUUCUCUUUGGGGAACCUGGCUGUGCUUAAUUGUUAUGCAUCUGAUAAUACAUGCUCAUCUUUAGGAAGCUAGAUUUGUGAUCCUUCACAUGUUGGGAGAGCAGGGGUAGGAAGGAAAGAUCCCUGUGUGUAGAUAGAAACCACUCCCCAAGUUUGUCCGACUCCGCAUCCCACUUUAUGUGCAUACUUUGCGUGAUGGAGGGGAGGACAGGAGUAAAAAGGUGUGGUGCAUGAGGGGAGCUUUCUUGCUCUCUCUGGGCUGGCGAAAAGGUGAAAGACAGUCUUGAGCGGGAGCUCUGGUGCCUGCUGUGCAUUCAAGGGUCUUUUGCAGGCAAAGGCAGUUUGGUGGCUUUGGAUUUGGGCUUCCUGAUUUGGCUCAGGGCAUUAUUUUAGAUAAGUGAUAUUUUCUGUCUAUUUCCUGUUUUCCUAUAUCUCCAUUUUUAUUAAAAACCUAAUUGUUAAGAGCACUAGCAGACUCCUGACUUGAGAGUUAAUUUUAUAGAUGAUGACCACAAUAUUUUUUUAACUAAUUUUAUAUUUGUAAACAAAUUUCUAAAUAUUACAUUUAGUGUAUUACAUUUGGUAUAAUAUUAAUUUUUCAAUAUUAUACCUGAAUUUUAUUGUCAAUCACUUGUCAAAACAGUCAGCAGAGAGUCAUCUAUCAUUUAUCCAUUGUUGUUUUUUUUAAUCAUGAAUAACAACCCCAGUGUGUGGUGGUGAUAAUAGUUCUCCACCUUUUCAGAACUCACAGGCAAGGUUAUUUGUAAAGUGAGAACUAGAAAACGAGAGUGCCUAGGUAAACUGAGGGUAGCUUCAAAGCAAAUCAUUGUGCAAAUGUUUUCCUUUUUAGACUUACCAAAGUUAUAGUGAAACUUCUCAUGGCCAUUAGCAGUAGGAGUUAGAAAAAGAAGGGAGUUGAUGCUGUGGGUGACAUUUUACCUUUUUAUUAAAUCAUUUUCCCACCACUUUUUCUUUCAUAAGAUCUAAGUUAAAUUCUGCAUGUAAUGGAAGGUAAGGUUCUAUUGGGAAUCUGAUUUUGCCUUCUAGCUCUCCCCAUGUGAUAUAUUAGUUAGGCAAGUCUCUCCAUCUCUCUGGGUCUCAGUUUCCUCAUUUGUAAAAUGUUGAAGUAGAUGGCCUUUAAGGCUCCUCCCAGCUCUACAUCUAUGGUCCUGGUUCUAAUUUGCAUUGUUGACUUAGUGAGUGGCUCUCUGUCUUUGAAGAAUUUCCAUCUCCCUGGAGGAGGCUCUUUGUCCUUCAUUAGGUCCCUAACUGAAUCUUCCCAUGUCAUUGAUUUCACCCAUCAGCCAUGUCAAGGUUCAAGGUACUGACAUAGUGUAUGGUCCCCGGCAGCACGCUCUAGGCAAAAGUCACUGGAUCAGCCAUGUUGUAAAAGAUGGCAGGGCAGGGCUUCCCGAGUGGCACCGGGGAGUUUGAGGGGAGCAUCUCACGGUGAGCUUCCUAAGAUUCAGACUUUCCAGCUUCCUGCAUUAUGACUCGUUUUCUGCCUAUGACAUGGGGGAUUUCUGUAACAAUUCUGUCUUGCCUGGCUCUGCAUGCUUGAAAAGGAGGAUGCUCUGUCUGUGCAGUCAAAGCAGCUGAACAAGGCCGCCUUCUGUGUAGCCAUGAAGAUUGAAGCUCAUGCUACAAACUAGUGUUUGAGGCGGGUUUGGUUGAAGAUCUCCCUGGAGGAGAGGAGAGCCACACUACGCCGUGGAGCCGGGGCUGAGAAGGUGCUUGUUUCCACCUUGCUGCAAGACCACACUUGGAGAGAAUCAGCAUGGAGUUCUCCAAGAGCCGCCGUGGGGAAAGGGCAAGCAGAGGAGGAGACCACGAACCUCCAGGGCAUACCUGUGGAUGGGUGACCAGGAGGCAAUGGGAGAUGAGUCAACCUGACAAAGCCGAUACCAAGAACAAUCAUGAACAGAAAUGCGGUUCAUGACGGGCGUUGCAAAUUCCAGUUUCCAUGGCAAAGUUAAGGCCCUGGUGCCUCGCUUUAAGCCAGUGGAUUAGAGAUUUUUUAUGAAUAUAAAUUUACAAAACCCUU